CCGAGCGAGCACCACGCGGUGUCGGCGGUGUCCGUUGAUGUGGUUCCGCGCGAUCAGGACCACCCAGCCAGUGAACGAUCCUAGCGUACCGUUGGUGCACCGUGGAAACAGUGCGCGAAUUACGCGACAAAAAUCUGAAUUCCCAUCAGAUCCUACAGGAUCUACUUAAAAAGAGGUGUGUGUUUGCGUUUGUGUGAUUGUUUGUGAGUGGGAGAUAGAGAGAAAGAGAGAGAGAGAGGAGGCGGUCAGUGGAAGGUGCAGGACGCAAGUGCAUUUGCAAGCUGGACAAACCGUGGAUCUUUUUUCUGUUUUCUGCUUAACACAAUGGCCGACGACGAGUGCAGUGGAGUGAUGAAAUCGUCGAGCAAGCGACUGGCAAGCGAGGGUCCGCCAUUGCAGCAACGAACGCUGCUCACCGGUUUGCUGAUCUUCAGUGCCAUCUGUUGCCUCAUCGAGUGUAACGAUGUCAUCACGUCCAAGGGUGAGUCACCGUCGGUGCCGGCCAAAAACACGGUGAUGGCCGUGUUCAGCCCCAUGACCAAAUCGCCCGGCCCCUGCCGGUAUCUAGUCGGAACGCGCAAGCAGAACCACCAGUGCCGGCGCGACAUCGGACUGCCGGAAGCGAUCAAGGAAGCGCGCCGGCUCGCCGUCACGCACUGCGAGGAGCAGUUCCGGUAUGAUCGCUGGAACUGUUCGAUCGAAACGAGAGGCAAGCGGAACAUCUUCAAAAAGGUUUACCGCGAAACGGCGUUCGUGCACGCGCUAACGGCGGCCGCCAUCACGCACGCGGUAGCACGAGCUUGCGCCGAGGGCCGUAUGACUAAAUGUCAGUGUGCGUCGGAACGGAAACCGGAAGCGACGCGGCUAGCGUGGCGCUGGGGUGGCUGCAGUGACAACGUGAAGCACGGGAAGCGUGUGGCGCGCAACUUUCUCGAACUGCAGCAACCACUGGACGAGGAUCCGAUUUCGGACAUGCUGCGCCAUGAUAGUGAGGUCGGCAUCCAGGCCAUCUCGAGUGCGAUGACGGAUCGCUGCAAGUGCCACGGUGUGUCCGGUUCGUGCUCGAUGAAAACGUGCUGGCGCCGGUUGGGAGACUUCAACACGACGGCGGCACUGCUCCGCACCAAAUACCAUCUGGCCAUACGAAAGAUCCCGGUGAACAAUAAAACCACCCGUCGAUCAGCUCCACGAGAGUACCGCCCUAAGGAAACCAUCUACGAUCAACUGUACUACUUCGAAACGUCGCCAACGUUCUGCUCGGUGACGCGUGGCCGCCGCUGUCUGCAUCCCGACAACUGUGCGACGCUCUGCUGCGGUCGCGGCUACACCACCAAGGUGAUCAAGACGAUCGAGAAAUGUCGCUGCCGCUUCACCAACGGUCGCUGCUGUCAGGUGGUGUGCGAUUACUGCGAAAAGUACGAGGAUCGCUACUACUGUAAAUAGUUCCAUGGCGUGCCACUGGCGUCCCGUCCCCCCGGGGGGCGCACCAUCUCCCCACACUGAACUCGUGAACUUAUUUAUUAUCCUUCCUUGGUAGCCAUACAAGUGGAAAGACGUCGUCGCAAGAAAACCCGUAGCAGUCGUAGUCAUUUAGUUGGAUAGUAUCGUACGCAUAUACUCGAAACCGUAGGCAGCGCUUAUCGCUGAAUAGAGUGUGUGUCCCACAGAGGCCCUGGAGCGUGCCUCCCGAAGAUUACUCGGAUGUACAUUUUUUUAUGGAUUUCUCCUAAAGAAAAAUCGUAAUCUCUCCCCCCUCUCUCUCUCUUUUUCUCUGCUACGCCAUCAGCCAAUUUGAUAGAAAAAAAAUCGCUUCCCAUUACAUUGCUAUCACCUGAACCUGUGCGUCUAUCUGUGUGCGUAUCCGUGUCAGUAAGUGUUGUAUGUUGUAUGUAAUCGCGUGAGCAGCGUAACCUUGACCCCAUUAGUUACAUAAUAACGAGUCCAAUGAGUCGCCGCAGACCGAAGAGUCCGCGCUAGUGUCGUCCCUUCAAUUCCCCAACUUUUUCAAACCAUUCUAUACCGCACAAACGAUUUCUUGAUAAAAAUUAAUGCUAAGAAAUAAAGGAAUUAGUUGU